CGGAGCGGCGCCGCCACCGCCGCACGCGCAAACUUGGGCUCGCGCUUCCCGGCCCGGCGCGGAGCCCGGGGCGCCCGGAGCCCCGCCAUGUCGCGAUCCAACCGGCAGAAGGAGUACAAGUGCGGGGACCUGGUGUUCGCCAAGAUGAAGGGCUACCCACACUGGCCGGCCCGGAUCGACGAAAUGCCUGAGGCCACCGUGAAGUCAACAGCCAACAAAUACCAAGUCUUUUUUUUCGGGACCCACGAGACGGCAUUCCUGGGCCCCAAAGACCUCUUCCCUUACGAGGAGUCCAAGGAGAAGUUUGGCAAGCCCAACAAGAGGAAAGGGUUCAGCGAGGGGCUGUGGGAGAUCGAGAACAACCCUACUGUCAAGGCUUCUGGCUACCAGUCCUCCCAGAAAAAGAGCUGCGUGGAAGAGCCGGAGCCGGAGCCCGAGGCCGCGGAGGGCGACGGCGACAAGAAGGGCAGCGCGGAGGGCAGCAGCGACGAGGAGGGCAAGCUGGUCAUCGACGAGCCAGCCAAGGAGAAGAACGAGAAGGGGGCACUGAAGAGGAGAGCAGGCGACCUGCUGGAGGACUCCCCUAAACGUCCCAAGGAGGCAGAAGACCCCGAAGGGGAGGAGAAGGCAGCAGCCACCUUGGAGACGGAGCGGCCCCUGCCCGUGGAAGUGGAGAAGAACAGCACCCCCUCGGAGCCGCCUCAGGAGGAGGAGGAAGACGAGGAAGAGGCUGCCAAGGAGGAGGCUGAGGCCCCCGGCGUCAGAGAUCACGAGAGCCUGUAGCCACCAGUGUUUCCAGAGGAGCCCCCGCCCCCUGUUCCUGCUGCUGUCUGGGUGCUACUGGGGAAACUGGCCGUGGGCUGCAAACUGGGAGCCCCUUUCCCACCCCAGCCUGCUCUUCCCUUCCGCUCACUUCCCCCACUCCACACCCAGCCCCUGGAGGUGGACCUGCAUGGGACAGGCCACCUGGCUCUCACUGCCGGGUCUUUCCACCCGUGAGAUCAAGGCAGGGCCGUGUCCUCAGCUCCCUGGGAUGAGAUGCGGCCACUGGGUCCCAUCCUGCUUAGAGCUGUGUCCACCUCCUGACAUCCCUCUCCCCCUCCCCCAGGCAUUCUGGACCUCUGGGUUGGGAUCAGGGGUAGGAGUGGAAGGGACAGAGCAUAGAUAACAGGGUGGGCUUCCGGGGCCUGGGAGAGGCAGUCCUUGGAUGGGGUGGGGGCAUUGUUUGAGCACAGGUUCCAUCCUCCCACACCUUUAACCAGCUGCCUAGAUUCAGGGAAAGUAGGACAGCUUGUGGCGGGGAGGGGGGGGCCUUCCAUAAAUCCUUGAUGAUUGACAACACCCAUUCUUCCUUUUUGCUGAUCCCAGGGACUUCUGGGAGUUGUAGUUUAUCAGAAGAUUUGGGGGCUACCAAGUUAUUUGGGCCAAGGAUCUGAGAUCUGAAGGGUGGUCGACUUUACCCAUGUGGGUGGGAUGUUGAGCAUCCUUUAGAUCUCAGGGGCCAGAGAUGGGAUGCCCUGGGGAGAUCCCCGGCCACCCUUUCCCCUCCCCCACAGUGCUCAAGGCCAGCCUACAGUCAUAUAUCACCCAGACAAAGGAAAAGACACAUUUUUUAGGAAAUGUUUUUAAUAAAAGAAAAUUACAAAAAAAAUUGUAAAGACCCCCCCGGACCCCUUUGUGUGCUCUCCAUUCUCCUUUCUUCCCCACUGUUGCUCCCAUGUUUGAGGUGCACUGGGAGGCUCCCCUGGUAUUCCAGGGCUCUGGUGUCCCGGUGUCACUUCCCAUCCACACGCCCCACUUGUCUCCCUCGGUGUUGUCACCAAAUCUGAUCUGUAAGCCACUGAGAGGACAGAGGGAAGUGAGUGCCUGCUCCCAGCCUCUUGCUAGUGGUCUCUCCACGCCUCCCUUCUGUCUCUUCACCCUUGCCCCUCCCCCUCGGGCUCUGAUGAAAAAUUGCUGACUGUAGCUUUGGAAGUUUAGCUCUGAGAACCGUAGACGAUUUCAGUUCUAGGAAAAUAAAACCUGUUGAUUACUA